CUAAGUAACCUAUUAAUUCCGUAUUCUAUGAAUAAUGUUCCACAUUUCGUGAGAUGGGUGAAGUGGCUGGUCUCGAUUUCCAGUGACCCAUAUUUACACCGCCAGCCCUGCUAUCUUACUUUCUAGUGUGGUUCAACCGAACUUCGUCCGUCAUUUGAAAAUCGUAUAGGAGUAUUUCGAGGGAGUAAAGCGUUUACAUUCGCGCGAGUAACCGGAAGGCAAAGUUACCAGUUCGUCUUUCUUCUUGCAAGGCCAGUUUUUUCGAGUUUCUCACCUACAGGAUCAGCGUUAAGAAGAUCAAGAAGGGAAAGUACAGGAGAUGGUAGUUUUAGAGCUAACUUCACAGUUGUUUUACGGGAAAUUUCAUCGCAACCACUCGCUUUCUCUAAUGUAAAUAUUAGUCAUCAAUUUGGAGUAGAUGUAGUCCGUUGACAACUACAUCUUUUGGUGUUUUCGAAGAGAUCAUUUGAUCAGAAUAUAUACCAAUAUUAUGAUACCGAAAAUGAACAAACUUUUUGCAAACUUUUCACGUAAAACAAUCGGGAAGAGUACUAAGUGUAUGAACAAAAUGGCGGCUAAGUAACUAAGUCUUUUUAUGCUUAUUAUCAUACAAAGAACGAUCCCUAAAUGUGCGUUGAGAUUUGUACUGGGGCAAGAAAUCGGAACAAAGUUUCUCCAUACGAGGAUUUAGUGUCAGAGCGAGUAGAAGUUCGGCCCAAUCGAUUCCUUCGAGUGCUCCAUUGGACACCGAAAGAGUCUGUUCCGAAUGGCAAUUGUGUAGUCAGCGAAGAUCAACGCUCAACAGAGAGCCGCCAGCGAAGCUCUUGUUUUGUGGUGAUAUUCUUUGUACAUGGUGUUGGAGGCUGUGCUGAGUUGUGGCAUGAACAACUGAAGUAUUUUUGUCGAGCUGGUUACGAAGUAGUUGCCCCGGAUUUGCUGGGACAUGGGGGCAGUUCCUCGCCCAGGGAUAAUGCACAGUACGAGUUCUCUGAACUCCAUCAAGAUGUUUUAUGUAUAUUUGAUCGCUAUGCUAGGAAACGCAAUAUUCUAGUAGGACACUCUUAUGGGUCAUCUUUCUGCAGCUUGGUAUCCGCGCAGAGGACACGGCUGGUAUCCAAGGUUGUGUUGAUUGCUGGUGGGGGACCAAUUCCUCUACGCCCUGAGUCAUGCCAUUUCUUCUGCCUCCCUGUUCCUGUUAUUGCUCUGUUCAAACCUCUGCUUUUAUGCUCCUUUGAGAGGAGUGCUUUCUAUGACCGAUCUAAAAUCAAGGCUUCAAGCAAGAAACUCAAAGCAUUCAGUGCCCCUCUUUUUGUGCUGAAAGCUGUCUUGGCAGGCCAGAAUUGGAUGGAGGGCGAUGUAUCUUUCCACAACAGUCUUAUGGUACCAGUGCUGCUUAUCUACGGUGCUCAGGACAAGUUUGUCUCCCUUGACGAGGAGAAAAGUAUGCUGGAGGCCGUGUAUGCAUCAACACUUGAGGUUAUUCCAGAAGCCGGGCACAUGGUUAUGAUGGAGUGCCCGGAGCAAGUAAAUUGGUUUAUCCACAACUUCUUGCAAAGAGACCAGACCACAUGUUCUACAACAAUACUAUCACCAUCACGUGAAGUGUCACAUGGAUCAAUCCAUGUGCGCUAUCCUGGCUCACGCUCAACUCGUAGCCAGUCACUCGCAGUUACAUCUGGAGAAUCACAUCUCCCAGGAUUUUUCAGAAGUGUGUCUAGGUUACCUAGGAAUUCCCUAGACCUUCCGCUGAGGCCCAAAUCUUAUUCACUUCCUGGAAGCUCAACACAACUUGCGUUUGAAGAGGAAAGCAAAGCCAAAGUGAAGUUAAAAGCACAGUGGCACAAAGACAGCUCACAAUCUGCAUUGAACACAAAUGACUCUGAAGUUCAAUCAAUUGGUAAUGAAGGUUUUCAGUCAGAUGCUGACCUUGCAGGACAACACCUUGAUGAUUGUCACAAAAAACAUAGUGAUGAGCUAGAGCAAAAACUUGCUGAACAUUGUGUAGCUCUGGCAAGUGUGGUUGACUCUCAGCCUGUGGUUACACAUCUGUAGAUUUUAGAAUAGGCCAUCUAGCCACAGCGUAUCUUACUAUGCUUUCUGUACUUGGAGAUUAGGGUGAUUUAGAUCCACGACGCCGGCAAGAAGACGCCGCCUCGCGCACGUUCGAUUGCGCGUGCACACUUUUCUUGCCGGCGUCGCAUCCUGUCCAGAACGGCAUUUCAUGCUUGUUCACGUCCUCUUCAGGACGGCGUCUUGCCGGCGUCGUUAAUCUAAAUCACCCUAUUAAUUUUGAGACAACUUGCUGCCUUAUACAUGCUAAUGCUUUCAACUCUUACUGACCACAGAAAACCCUAUCAGACACCUGGAUGAGGCCUUUACUAGACUCUAAAAUAGGGUGUAUAUAGGACAAGUUUGUAGCCUCCUAUGCAGGCAUCGUCUUUUUCGCAUUUACUCAGCUCCUCGUAGUUAUUUUACCACAGAGAGGAGGAGGAGGCUAGAAAAAUUGCAUAUUGUACAAAAAAUAUUUAAUGAACUUUUAAAAGCUGUGUGCAUAUACUAUACUGCAUUUAUUUAAUGCUCGAAAAUAAUGGGAUGUAGUAGCCAGUAUGUGACAAGAUAAAGCUCUUGUUUCAUUCUGAUCCAGAAAGGUUUUAUAAUCUAGUAUUUAAGAGUCUGACAGCUAUCAAGUGUGGCUCAUUUGGGGAAGCUGUUGUGAUAUGUUUAAUAGAUAGAAUUUUAAUUUCAAGUGGUUCCUUUGAGAUUUUGGGCCUAUUCGCACUAGGCAAAAGUUUGUUUGUUUUGACAAAAAAACUGUCAAGGCUAGCAGGAAAAUGUGCAACGUGUUUGUUCAACCGGGACAAUUUUUGUCGCAGCCAAAUAAUCUUCAAAGGCGCCACUGGCCUGCUCUGGAGGUGGCCAGAACUAGGCCAAACGUAAAAUCUGAUAGGUUUUUCAUUUAACACCCAGCUUGACUUACGCAGAAGUUAUUGUUCUUGAUAUUCAUAGAACGAAUUUACUACCAGUAAGGCAAGGAGUUGUGCAAAAAUAUUCCAAGGAAGCAUUGUGAUAAAACAUAAACAAACACUGCAACUCGUCUAAUUUUGAAUGACCUUUGGGUCGCUUUCAGCUUUUUGUUUGACCUCUAGUGCAAAUGCGAUUCACAAGCCAUUCGAUCGGCCAGGACAAAAUUUGGCUGGCUGUUUGUCCUGGCCAGACAAACUUUGUCCCCCUAGUGUGAUUAGGCCCUUUCUCUCAUAAUUUGUUUUCCAAUAUUGUCUGAAAACAAUAACAAUAGUAUGGCUGACAAGAGCUGACUCUCAAUUCCCAAGUACAACUACAGCCCUAGUCAUGAUAAUGAGAAUGCAAACACUAAACCCUUGCAAACUAAAUAAAUAACACCAGUUAACUAAACUACUCAUACCCUGGGUACAAGAGGCUCCUAGCUUGGCCGCAACAAUGAUUUAAUUCGCUCAAAUCAUUGUCGCCAUGAUGCUUGUAGCCUCUGGUCCCCAGGGUAAACUAUUCAAGCAAAGCAAGGCAUACUCCAUGUGUCUACACGACUUGGACAAAUGAGUGACAGUAAUAGGCACAUAAAAUUAGUUACAAUGAAUCAUUACAUGGAUUAAUGUUUGCAA